AUGUUGUAAUCAUUCGCUAGCAAUGUCGGUUGUCCAAAUCACAAUCAACCAAUCAGUUAUAUUGAUACCAAGAAGGAUACACCGAUUAAUAAUAGGGCCAAAUGUUUGAAUUGCACACCUUUGAAUGAUGCUGUUCCAUUGAAAAAUGCUCUAGAGAAAUUCAAGAAAUUGAAAGAGGACGAGAAACAACAGAUUAGAAAUUAUAGAAAAAACAAGAUCUACGAUUUCUUGGAAUUCAAGAAGGUCAUUCAUCAACUUUCUGAAUCCAUUUCACAAUCUCUCAAUGAAAUUAGUAAAUAGAUUAAUGAAAGAAUCGAAAAGAUUGUCGGAGUCAUUCAAUAAGCCUAAUCAGUUCAAUGGCAAUUCGAUAUUAAUGAGUAUUUGACCAUAAGUGGAUUGCAAAAUAUAGGAUUACAAUUAAGUUAGUAAGGAAAUGAGUUUUCACUGAUCAAAGCUGGUUACUCUGUGGUUCAAAUGAAGAAGGAACAACAACUGUAAACCACUCUUUCCAAUUAUCAAAACAACAUCAAGUCUAUCCAAAGCAAUAUGGAAAUACUCAAAGAAUCUCUAACCACCAAUCUUAUCAUUAAUGAAGAAAUCGUGGGGAAGGCUCCCUAAAAGGAAAAGUGCUUAGCCACAGCCUUCAACAAAGACAAUUCCAUAAUGAUAAGCACCUCUGAAGAACUCAUUAAGGUCUGGACUUUCGACAAUGGCAAAUUGGAAUUGUUUCAAACAUUGAAAGGACAUGACAAAGAAGUCACCUGUCUCUACUUCAGUCGUAAGAAUAAUUGGUUCAUCUCCGGGAGUCGAGACAAGACCCUAAGAAUUUGGAAGGAGUUUAGUAAUAGUGAAUGGGGAUGUAUAUAGAUUUUAGAAGGCAAUAGUUUUUGCAUCAAUUGUGUUAUUAUAAACUAAUACGAAGAUCAAAUCUUAUCCAGUAGAGAUGAUAAUAAAAUCAAGGUGUGGAUGCAAGAAUCCUUACUGACUUCAUAACAGCCACAAUGGAAAUGCUAUCAAACUCUACAGGAUCAUAAGAAGGACGUUUAUUCAUUGAGUUUAAACUCAGCUGGCACAAUGUUGGUUUCCGGCUCUUAUGAUAAAACUAUAAUUAUCUAUGAGUUGGAUGAAUAGUAACAAUGGAGAUUAAAGCAAGUGAUAUAGAAUGAUUAUGAAAAUUGGGUGCAUUCAGUUUGUGUCAUCAAUGACAAGCUAAUUGUCACCAAAUUAUAUAAUGGGGUGGUUAUUCUUUAUCAAUAUAUGGAAUCGGUUGAAUCAUUCGAAUAGAUUCAAGAACUAGAACUCAGUAAAUCGAAGAUGAGUUACUUCGAUUUCUUCCACAUGUUCUACAAUCAGUAAUUGUAAUCCAUCUUCUGUCGUCAUCUUGAUUGCAUUUANAUAUAUAAUAUAAAUGUUGUAAUCAUUCGCUAGCAAUGUCGGUUGUCCAAAUCACAAUCAACCAAUCAGUUAUAUUGAUACCAAGAAGGAUACACCGAUUAAUAAUAGGGCCAAAUGUUUGAAUUGCACACCUUUGAAUGAUGCUGUUCCAUUGAAAAAUGCUCUAGAGAAAUUCAAGAAAUUGAAAGAGGACGAGAAACAACAGAUUAGAAAUUAUAGAAAAAACAAGAUCUACGAUUUCUUGGAAUUCAAGAAGGUCAUUCAUCAACUUUCUGAAUCCAUUUCACAAUCUCUCAAUGAAAUUAGUAAAUAGAUUAAUGAAAGAAUCGAAAAGAUUGUCGGAGUCAUUCAAUAAGCCUAAUCAGUUCAAUGGCAAUUCGAUAUUAAUGAGUAUUUGACCAUAAGUGGAUUGCAAAAUAUAGGAUUACAAUUAAGUUAGUAAGGAAAUGAGUUUUCACUGAUCAAAGCUGGUUACUCUGUGGUUCAAAUGAAGAAGGAACAACAACUGUAAACCACUCUUUCCAAUUAUCAAAACAACAUCAAGUCUAUCCAAAGCAAUAUGGAAAUACUCAAAGAAUCUCUAACCACCAAUCUUAUCAUUAAUGAAGAAAUCGUGGGGAAGGCUCCCUAAAAGGAAAAGUGCUUAGCCACAGCCUUCAACAAAGACAAUUCCAUAAUGAUAAGCACCUCUGAAGAACUCAUUAAGGUCUGGACUUUCGACAAUGGCAAAUUGGAAUUGUUUCAAACAUUGAAAGGACAUGACAAAGAAGUCACCUGUCUCUACUUCAGUCGUAAGAAUAAUUGGUUCAUCUCCGGGAGUCGAGACAAGACCCUAAGAAUUUGGAAGGAGUUUAGUAAUAGUGAAUGGGGAUGUAUAUAGAUUUUAGAAGGCAAUAGUUUUUGCAUCAAUUGUGUUAUUAUAAACUAAUACGAAGAUCAAAUCUUAUCCAGUAGAGAUGAUAAUAAAAUCAAGGUGUGGAUGCAAGAAUCCUUACUGACUUCAUAACAGCCACAAUGGAAAUGCUAUCAAACUCUACAGGAUCAUAAGAAGGACGUUUAUUCAUUGAGUUUAAACUCAGCUGGCACAAUGUUGGUUUCCGGCUCUUAUGAUAAAACUAUAAUUAUCUAUGAGUUGGAUGAAUAGUAACAAUGGAGAUUAAAGCAAGUGAUAUAGAAUGAUUAUGAAAAUUGGGUGCAUUCAGUUUGUGUCAUCAAUGACAAGCUAAUUGUCACCAAAUUAUAUAAUGGGGUGGUUAUUCUUUAUCAAUAUAUGGAAUCGGUUGAAUCAUUCGAAUAGAUUCAAGAACUAGAACUCAGUAAAUCGAAGAUGAGUUACUUCGAUUUCUUCCACAUGUUCUACAAUCAGUAAUUGUAAUCCAUCUUCUGUCGUCAUCUUGAUUGCAUUUACAUUUUAUUCCAAUAAACAACAGGGAGAUAUGGAGUCCAAUAGAAAAUCACAGACAACUACAGAGGUGGCAGUUUGACUGACAAUGGAGAAUACAUAGCCUUGUGGAAUAACAAUAAUAAAUAAUUAGAAAUAAGAUAACAAGAGUGA